AUGGCUUCCUCUUUCUUCUUUGUUUUCCUUCUCUCUACUCUUUUACUAGAAAACACCUAUGCUGGUCCCAACUACAGAGAAGCACUCACAAAGUCAUUGCUCUUUUUUCAAGGACAGCGGUCUGGUCCCCUCCCUGGUGACCAAAAACUCUCAUGGAGGUUCAGCUCUGGCCUCUCUGAUGGCUCAUCUGCUCAUGUGGACUUAACUGGAGGGUACUAUGAUGCUGGUGACAACGUGAAGUUCAAUUUCCCAAUGGCCUUCACCACCACCAUGCUCUCCUGGAGCUCUUUGGAGUACGGUAAGAAGAUGGGACCAGAACUCCAGAACGCCCGUGUAGCCAUCCGUUGGGCCACGGACUAUCUACUGAAAUGCGCCAGAGCUACACCGGGAAAGCUUUACGUUGGAGUAGGAGACCCAAACGGUGAUCACAAGUGCUGGGAACGUCCAGAAGAUAUGGACACUCCUCGCACAGUCUACUCAGUGUCAGCCUCAAACCCUGGCUCUGAUGUAGCAGCUGAAACCGCUGCUGCUCUAGCGUCUAGCUCCAUGGUUUUUAGAAAAGUUGACCCUAAGUACUCUCGCUUGCUCCUGGCCACAGCCAAGAAGGUAAUGCAGUUUGCUAUCCAAUACCGAGGCGCUUACAGUAACUCCCUUUCCUCUGCUGUUUGUCCUUUCUACUGCUCCUACUCUGGUUACAAGGAUGAGCUUGUGUGGGGAGCGGCUUGGCUGCAUAGAGCAACCAACGAUCAGUACUAUAUAAACUUUAUUAAAUCCUUGGGAGGAGGAGAUCAGCCUGACAUAUUCAGUUGGGACAAUAAGUAUGCUGGUGCCUAUGUUCUUCUCUCAAGAGUAUCAGUACUGAACAAUGACAACAACUUUGAGCUUUACAAGCAAGCAGCUGAGAAUUUCAUGUGCAAGAUCCUUCCAAACUCUCCUUCAUCAUCCACAAAGUACACUCAAGGUGGCUUGAUGUACAAGUUACCUCAGAGCAAUCUACAAUACGUGACAUCAAUAACAUUCUUGCUUACGACCUACGCUAAAUACAUGAAGUCCAAGAAACACACAUUCAACUGCGGAAACUCUGUCAUCGCACCCAACGCUCUGAUAAACUUGUCGAAGCGUCAGGUGGAUUACAUACUCGGUGUGAAUCCGAUGAAAAUGUCCUACAUGGUUGGAUUCGGGUCGAAUUUUCCCAAGAGAAUCCACCACAGAGGAUCCUCUCUCCCGAGCCGAGCGGUGCGUUCAAACUCUCUAGGAUGCAGCGGCGGGUUUCAGUCUUUCCGCACUCAAAACCCUAACCCUAACAUAUUAAUCGGGGCUAUCGUGGGAGGACCGGAUCGAAACGACCAGUAUCCAGACCAGAGAGAUGAUUACACCCGGUCUGAACCAGCCACUUACAUAAAUGCGGCAUUUGUCGGACCUUUGGCGUAUUUUGUCGGAAAGAAUCAUUGACUCGCCGCUGUCUGGUCUCGUUGGCUUGAAUCGCCAGUCACUAUCAGUUCCAUGUUUUUUUUUGUUUUUUUACAAUUUGAAAAGUUGUUAGAGAUCGGUUAGUCUAAACCCUACGCGCGAAAAGUAGUAAACGGGUAAAGCUAUUCGAUUGUGAACUUUAA